GCGCGAGGCGCCUUAAGGCGCCAGUUUGGCGCCUCGCCUUGGCCAAGGCGAGGCGGUUUUGGCGAGGCCCUCGCCUUGCGCGCCUAGGCGCUGGGGCGUGAGGCGCGCCUAGGCGUGCCUCAUGAAACUGAGGUUUUCUACUUAAAUCUUGCAGCCCAAUCGCGCUUGCCUCUCCUCCCGACUGCAUCCAGCCGCGCUUGCCUCUCCUCUCCAGCUCGCUGCUCGCUCCUCACUCCUCCCGACUAUAGCAUCUACCGUGCUUGCCUCUCCUCCCAACUCGCUGCUCGCUGGCCCUCGCUGCUCGCUCGCCCUCCCUGCUCGCUCGCCCUCGCCCGAUCUUCCAUUCUUCCUCUUCCUCUCUAGCCCUAGCCGCGCGGCCUCGCCUGCCUCCUCUCUUCCUCUUCUCUCCAGCUCGCCCUCGCCCGAUCUUCUUCUUCCUCUCCUCUCCAGCUGCGACCCCCUCCUCUCUUUCUCUCCAGCCCCAGCCCGAUCCUCCUCUUCCUCUCUGCCGCGCCUGCCUCCUCUCUUCCUCUCCUCUCCAGCUCGCUGCUUGCUCAAUCUUCCUCUCCAGUCUCCAGCCGCACCCUUUCUUCUAUUCUCCUCUACUGAGUCUGCCCACGCCACGGUCUUCUCCUCUCUUCCUCGCCUCUUCUCAUCUGCUCUUGAGCUCUUCAAGUUGAAGCUGCUAAGGGCCUAAAGCUGCCGCCGCCGCUGCCCACAUCUUCUCCUAUAUUCAUAAUUUCAUAUUGUAAGUUCUUUAGUUGUAUUUUAUUUGUUUAUUUCUUGCAUUUUUGCUUAAUUUAUUUUGCAGGCUGCUGGUUGCUGAAAUUUGUUUUUAAGUCUUUAUAAUUUAUUUCUAUAAUUAGGAGAAUUUUGAUGAAAUUGGAACUGUGUUGCAACAGCCCAAUAAAUGUCGUCAACCACUUCCAAAACGGACCCGGCAUGGAAUUAUUUUGAAGCUGAUCCUAAUGAUAGAAAUACCACCACAUGUAAAUUUUGUCGUAAAGUAACAAAAGGUGGUAUAUUUCGGGCGAAACAACAUCUUGUGGGCGGUUUUAGGAAUACUAAAGCUUGUCCAAAAUGUCCUCCAUCAGUAAAAGAAGAGAUUGGAGAGUACAUGCAAAAGAAGAAAAAUAACAGGGAUGAGCGAAAUAUAGCAUCGUUAGAUGAUGAUAUUCAAUUUGGUGAAGGGUAUGAUGAUGAUGAUGAUGAGCCGCUGCCUCAAAGUAGAAAAAGACCCAAUGUAUCUACCGGAAGUGGAAGCGGUACUGGUAGUAUUGGUAGUGUUAAAGGGCCAACACAAAAAGGUCCACUUGAUGUUUUUCUUAAAGACCCAGAAGUUAAUGUGUUGAAAAGCAAGGGCAAAGGAAAGCAAACAAGGUUGGGUGAGCAUGAUUUUGCAAAAAAAGAGUUAAGAGCUCGAGUUUGUAGAAGCUUUGCACGAUGGAUGUAUGAUGCAGGCAUUCCAUUCAAUGCAGUGACAUAUGACAGUUUUAAAGUAUUUAUAGAAGCAGUUGGUCAGUAUGGUCCGGGUGUGAAGCCGCCUAGUUACCAUGAAGUCAGGGUUCCUCUUCUCAAACAAGAGGUGGAAGCCACUCGUGAAAUGAUGAAAGAUCAUGAAGAGGCGUGGGCCAAAUAUGGAUGUUCCAUUUUGUCAGAUGGCUGGAAAGACAAGAGGGAAAGGACAUUGAUUAACUUUUUAGUCAAUUCUCCUAAAGGAAGUAUGUUCUUGGAGUCUGUUGAUGGUUCUAGCUAUUCAAAGACUGGGGAAAAGAUGUUUCAAUUAUUAAGUAAAUGUGUGGAAAAGAUUGGAGUAAGAAAUGUGGUGCAAGUGGUCACCGAUAGUGCUUCAAACAAUGUUUUAGCAGGAAGAUUUUUGGAGGCAAAAUAUCCUACGUUGUUUUGGACACCAUGUGCAGCGCACUGUUUGGAUUUAAUGUUGGAAGAUAUUUUCAAGUUGCCUAAUAUGAAGAAGACAUUUGAGAGAGCUGUUAUGGUGAAUAGCUAUAUCUAUACUCGUUCGGGUCUAGUAAACAUGCUUAGAAGGUUUACUGACAAGAAAGAGUUGUUGAGGCCUGCAAAAACACGGUUUGCAACUGCCUUUAUCACUUUGGGCAGGAUGCAUAGUCUGAAAAGCAACCUUAGAAGGAUGUUUACCUCCGAGGAGUGGAUGACAAGCAAGUGGGUAAAAGAAGCGGGGGCUAAAAAGGUUGUAGAAGUGAUUUUGAUGCCUUCAUUUUGGAACAAUGUUGUAUUUGCUUUAAAGGUGGCUGGUCCAUUGGUGCGUGUAUUGCGCUUAGUGGAUGGUGAGAAGAAGCCUGCUAUGGGAUACAUAUAUGAGGCCAUGGAUAGGGCCAAAGAAGCGAUUGCUAACUCUUUUAAUGGGGAUGAAAAGAAGUAUGCACCCAUUUUUCAGAUUAUUGAUAAUCGAUGGGAUGUUCAGCUUCAUCGCCCCUUGCACGCAGCUGGUUGGUACUUGAACCCAGAAUAUUUCUACAAGGCUGAACAUAUAGAUACAGAGAUCAUGAAUGGCUUAUAUGAAUGCAUUAGAAAGUUAAAUCCAGAUAUAAAGGUUCAAGACCAAAUUGAUGCUGAGCUUUCGAUGUAUAACAAUGCAGAUGGGUUCUUUGGAAACUAUAUGGCUAUUAGAAAGAGAGCUGAGAAAUCACCAGCUGAAUGGUGGGCUUCAUAUGGAAUGUCAACACCCACGUUGCAAAAAUUUGCAAUUAAAAUUCUUAGCUUGACUUGUAGUUCAUCUGGGUGUGAACGUAAUUGGAGUGUGUUUGAAAAUCUUCAUACUAAACGGAGAAACAGGCUUGAUCAACUUCGUUUAAACGACUUGGUGUUUGUGAAAUACAAUAGAGCAUUGAGGCGUCGAUAUCAAAUGCGUGAUACCAUUGACCCUAUCAUAUUGACCGACAUUGAUGAAAGCAAUGAAUGGUUGACUGGAAAACUUGAUGAGGAGAAUGAUAAAGAUGAUGAAACUGUUUUUCCAGAUGACAUUGGGGAUGGGUUGACAUGGAGUAAUGUUGCUGCGGCUGCAGGAGUUGGAGAGCCUAGUUAUCAAUUUAGAACUAAACAAACUCGAUCACAAUUGGGAUCAACUUCGGCUUCGACUUCAAAGCGGCGAGUAACUCAAGAGAUUGAAGAGGAGGAAAGUGAGGCAGGGACCGAAGAUGAUGAAGACUUGGAAGAGGGAGAAGAAUUGAGAGAUGAAGAAGAAGAUGAAGGGGUGAUUGAAGGGGAUGAUGAAGAUAUUGACCUUGAUGUUGAUGAUCUCCUUGAUGAUGAUUGAUUAAAAAACUUUUUUAUAUUGAUUGUGGACUUGUAAUGUUUAUGUGUUUGUUUAAAACUUUGCAUUAUAAUUGGUACUUACUACUUGGUAAAGUUUAAGACUUUAAGUUUGAACUUUGAUGAUGUUUCUAGUUUAGAAUUUGCAUGAUGAAUGAAUUAACUUUGAUGUUGUUAGUUUAUAGAAUUUAAAGAUAAUGAAUCAUGAAUGAUAUGAAUGUGUUAUUAUUGAUAAUUUGAUAAUUGUUUAUGAUUUUACAAGAUUUUGAGUUUUUUUCCUAAAAGGUGCGCCUCGCUUCGCAAAGGCGCGCCUCGCCUCGUGCGCCUCGCGCCUCAGGCUCCAGGACCUUUUGCGCCUCGCUGCGCCUCGCGCCUUUCAGAACUAUG